AAGCUUCACAAUCCUGUCUUAAUAUUUUCUCGGCGCAAGGGGACCUUUCAGAUCAGAACCAUUCGGCGUCGAACUCGGCUAAAUCAAAAUUCAGAGCCACCGAAACCAUACCGGAUAAAUUUUUCCGACUAAGAACUGCAGCAUCCGUUCUAGAGCUAGCCUGCUUUCUAGGGCAUGGAACUUGUCGGGCACCAUCACACCGGCUGCUUGACCAAUUUGUCUUCCAAUCCUCUUCGAAGGAGCUUGGAUUGCAGAAGAAGAGCAGCCCUAGCCUUACGACCGAAUCCCUUCACGUCCCAUUCAAGAAGGUGCUUUAGAUCUUAUUCUCAAAAUGCAGGGCCGAUUGUAGUAAUGGGAGCGGUGGUAGGCGAGGAGGAGGAAACAAAGCAGGCGAAAGAGAUGGCGGCCGCACGGAAAAGAUGGGAAUCUCUGGUUAGGGAACAAAAGGUCAAAGUUCUUACACCAAAAGAAGCUGGUUAUGCAAUACAACUUUCCUACAAAACUUUGCUUGAUGUUCGUCCCUCGACUGAGUACAAUAAGGCAAGGGUAAAAGGUUCCACAUGGAUACCAAUUUUUGAUGUAGAUACUACUAUUGACAUUGGCAGUUUGUCUAGAAAGAUUACAAACUUUGUAAUGGGAGGUUGGUGGAGUGGAAACCUUACUUUGACCUAUGAUAAGAGUUUCAUAUCAAAGGUUGAGGAAAAAAUCCCAAAAGAUUCUGAUCUUAUUGUUGUGUGCCAGAAAGGAUUGAGAUCUCUUGCUGCCUGUGAGCAACUCUACAAUGCAGGUUACCGGAAUUUGUUCUGGGUACAGGGUGGUUUAGAUGCUGCCGAGGAAGAGGAUUUUCAACGAGAAGGUCCUCAGCGCUUCAAGCUUGCUGGUAUCGGUGGUGUUUCUGAAUUUCUUGGUUGGACCGACCAACAACGUUCUGUAGCUGCGAAGGAGGGGUGGGGCUACCGCCUUGUCUUCACUGGUCGCCUGCUUGGGUUAAUUCUGCUUGCAGAUGCUCUAUUUCUGGGUGCACAACGAUUAGGCCCUGUGCUUGAAGAACUAAGAUCUCAUUAAGACAUUCAUGAUGCCUUGCUUUGAAAUGGGGAUUUGUUAUAUUUUUUUGAAUAUCCUAUACUGUCAUUCUUCAUCUGAUUUUGUUGAAGCUCUCCUUUUGUUUGGUUUAUUUAUAUCCUUAUCCUGUUGUUUAUGAUCUGUACCUCUUUAUUCUGCUCUGUUGUAAGUAUCCGUUUUGCUUUGUGCUUCAA